AUCGAGGAGCUGUGCCAGAAGCGCGAGGAGCUGUGCCGGCAGAUCCAGCAGGAGGAAGACGAGAAGCAGCGGCUGCAGAAUGAGGUGAGGCAGCUGACGGAGAAGCUGGCCCGCGUCAACGAGAACCUGGCGCGCAAAAUCGCCUCCCGCAACGAGUUUGACCGGACCAUCGCGGAGACGGAGGCCGCCUACCUCAAGAUCCUGGAGAGCUCACAGACUCUGUUGAGCGUCUUAAAGAGGGAAGCUGGGAACCUGACCAAGGCCACAGCCUCAGACCAGAAGAGCAGCGGAGGAAGGGACAGCUGACCAGGCCAUGGGUAGCACCUGCCUCACUGUGCCUAGUCGGCCUGGCCCCAGCAAGCCGGUCCUUAAAGCAUCUUUGUUCUUCGUGACAGCAGCUGCCUUCUCGCUGCCUCGGGUGCCGAGUGGGGCCUGGCUUUGUGCUCACGUGGGCUGUGAUGGGCUCAGGUCCGCUCUGCCAGGGGCCUCUCUCAGGCGCCCCCUCUCCUGGGCUGCCGGGGAGUCCCUGGUUCAGCCUCAGCACCCCGAGUCCCCUUCCCUGCCCCUCCUCAGCCAGUAGGGGCCCAGGCUAGGCAAGUGGGGCAGAGGGAGGGGCCUUCUUUAUCCCUUAGCCUAAACCUCAGGGCUUUCUCCUGUGGCUUGUGACCAUGUCAAUAAAGGUGGUUUUUGUACAGAUC